CAGGAAACCUUUAUUUUGGCAAGCAAUUUGAUAAACAGGAAGUACAUCGCUGCAGACACGAAUCUUCGAAGCUGUCAUUCUAAGAAACUUGAACCGAGAAGGACCGCUUUCACCAUGAUCAGAGUUUACUUCAUCAUCGGGGUGGCGCUUUGUGUGUUAGAAGUUCGAGUAGUCCAGGCUCUGCUGGAAAACACAAAUGAUUGCUGUGGACGAAUACAGAAGAUGAAUGAAACCUGUGCAAACAGCACACAUUGUUAUCCUGGGUGCCUCCAUGGUCUGGAGAACAACACAUGCGUGCCAUGUGACUCUUUGAGUUCAGAGUUAGAGAACUUCACACUUUGCUACUACACAAAGACCAGCAACAACAACUCAAUAUCUACGCCAGUUAAGAUUGGUGGUCCAGGCGUUGCAGCCUCCGUGCUUUUGGGGACCCUGCUGAUCAGUCUUUUCCUUAUUCUCUCAGUCGCUUCUUUCUUCUACCUCAAACGUUCCAACCGUCUCCCUGGUGUUUUCUACAAGCGUAACAAAGCUUUCAUAUUUCAACCUAGUGAAACGGCGGUCAUGAUACCUGCUGACACUUCCUCAGUGCGCAAACCAAGAUAUGUCAGAAGAGAGAGGCCCUCAGCAUCCUCAGCAACUAGCAGCACUACCAUGGCAACAGGGCCUGUAACAAAGGUGUAUAAUCUGACCAUCCAGUAGGGCCUGGUUUCUGAGCAGGAAAGGUGAAGGCCAGCGAUUUGUUGCAGAAAGUAAUUGAUUAUAUUGUUUAUGUCUCUCGAGUUUCUGGCUGUUUCUUUGGUUAUUUAAAUGGGCUAGUAGUAUCAUUGCAUAUUCUCCUGUUUCUUUAAGCACAAAAAAGAAUGUUAUUUCCGUUUAUUUUUAUCUUAACAGACCGACUGUUUUUGACGCACUACAGCAGUAUUUUUGAGUGUUAUUUUGAGGGUCAUACAUUAAGUCAGGUAUUUUCUCAAACGUUUUAAUUUAUAUAUUUAUUAUGUUAUUUUCACGUAUUACUUUUGACCUUGUGUCCAAAAGAAAUCCUUAAACGGACAUUAUUUGCACGUUAGCUUUUUUCCCAACAUCUUAAGAACACAACAGCCUUCAUCCUUUAGGACUCUUUUUUUUAAAAAAAUUAAACCCAGAGAAAAAACUGCAUAAAAUAUGUUGCGCUAAACAACAUUCCCAAUUCAUUUUGUGGCUUUAAUUUUGCAGUUAAUGUCAGGCCUUACUGAGGAUGCUGAAUCUGUCACUGUGUUUUCAGGAAAAAUUGUAUUGGGGAUACACAUUGAAUCCUUAACUAAUUUGUAGAGUGAGCUGUUUAAAUAUCAUUCAUGUGAAUCUAUUAUACCUUGGCAUGAAGGAUCCUAACCGCACUUUUGAAGGUAAUGAUGUUUAGUUUUGUACUUUUGGGAAAGAGCGCCAACUUGUGACCAGUUACAAGUUACCGGUUAUUCUGUUGAAGCACCAUAGAUUUAAACCAAAUAUGAAGAUUCUAAAAACAGAAAAUAAGUUCUUCAGCUUGCACUAACUUGAUCUAUACUCAUAAAUCCAAUUUGAAUGACCUCUCCCAAAUUCUUGCACUUUCCAUGUUUAUUUUAUGCCACAGAAACACUGUGGAAGAAUGUAAAGAUGUUAGACUGUGGCCUGCCAUUUUGUUGUAUAGAUUAUUGAUUGCACAGCCAACACCACUGAAGUGCCAAAAAGAUUUAUAAUAUACACUGUGUGGUCUUCUUAGGCAAGGGCUGGAAAAAUCAAUUGGUAAAAUAUUGUGUGCAUCUUGUAUACAUAUUCUGAGUGGGUAGUAUUACAACUAUUCGUAUGGUAUGUCACAGCAUUCCAGUUUAUCGCUAUAUCUGUUUUAAAAAAAAGGUACUCUAUUUUCUAUAUGUGGUCCUGUUGUAUUUAAGUUUGGCUUUAACUGAUUUUGCUGUAUUCUUUGUAUUUGAUUUUAUUACGUGAUAUAGUGGAAUGAACAAAUUUUCAGUAUGUGAGUUGCACAGUUGUUGAAGUUUAUUUAAAUAAAAAGCAGAAGCCAAAAUAUGGAUUUGUGAGCAAAUGUCGUAGUUGUUGAGAAUAUAACCACUGAUUGUAAAGAACCCUUGAUUUAAAGUUUCCAAUGCCAUUUUAUUAGCUGUUGUGCAGCCACUGGAAAUCUCAUACAAAAUGUUUUUUUUUAAUAUAUUAAUGUGUAGAUUUAUGAUGCUGUAUUCUUUGUAUGAUGGUAUUCAAGUUGUAAUAAUCAAUGAGUGGGAAAAAAAAAUCAGAUGAUUUCAAUGUUUACAGGAAUAAAGCUUUCAUUUACUCAGAACAGAUCAA